AAUCAAAGCUUCGAUUUUUUUAGCUUGGGUGUAUAAAAAUAAAUUUUCCAUAUUCAUUUCAACUCAGAUCUUUCCUUCUCCGUGUCUUGAUCUUAUGCUUGACCUUAAACCCUAGCUAUUUUUCACCUUAAUCCGCUUCUAAAAUCGGUUACGGAAUCGAAUUUAUCAAGUGAUUCAAUCCCGUGCUUGAUCGCUUAUCUAUGCAAUGGUGGUCUGCAAAUGCCGCAAGGCGACAAAGUUAUAUUGUUUUGUGCACAAGGUCCCUGUUUGUGGAGAAUGCAUUUGUUUUCCUGAGCACCAAAUAUGCGUGAUUCGUACUUACUCCGAAUGGGUAAUAGAUGGAGAGUAUAACUGGCCUCCCAAGUGUUGCAAAUGCCAAGCUGUGCUUCAGGAGGGGGAUGGCUCUGAAACUACUCGGUUGGGUUGCUUAGAUGUCAUACACACAAAUUGUUUAAUUUCACAUGUCAAAAGCUUUCCUCUGCACACUGCACCCGCUGGCUAUACUUGUCCUUCAUGUUCUACAUCUAUAUGGCCUCCCAAGAGUGUUAAAGAUUCAGCAUCCUGUCUUCAUUCACUGCUGAAGGAGGCUAUCAUGCAGACUGGCAUGGAGAAGAAUUUGUUCGGAAAUCAUCCUCCACCAGCAUUUACUUCAGAUCCAUUGAUGAACAUAAACUCUACCGGAGGAAGGGAGCAUGGUGGGAAUUCAUCUCCUGCUGUGUCAAAAGAUGAAGCAUACUCAACUAUUGGAAGACCUUCUAAACUUAUGGUGUCCGAAAUAACGGAGAUAGAUGGUCCUAGUUCGGCUGAGAAUUACAUGAAAGCCUCUAGUCCUGUUGGUCCUGUGGCUACAACACGUAGUACAGUUCAUGUUGAUACAAAUCCAGAAAUCUCAUAUUAUGCCGAUGAUGAAGAGGGAAAUCGUAAAAAGUAUUCUCGAAGGGGUUCACUACGCCAUAAGUUUCUCAGAUCAUUGAUUCCCUUCUGGUCAAGUGCAUUACCUACUCUACCGGUGACUGCACCUCCCCGUAAAGAUGCAGAUGAUGGCCCUGAAGGUCGGUUGAAGCAUCAAAGGUCAACGCGGAUGGAUCCACGAAAAAUCCUUCUUGCCAUGGCAAUCAUGGCGUGCAUGGCGACUAUGGGUAUCCUGUAUUACAGAAUCGCACAAAGGUCUCUAGGCGAGGGACUCAUGGACGAGGAGCCAGUAGUACUUAGUAACUGAUUAAAAAUUCUACUCUGUCAUUGACUUGUUGCCCUUUCUUUCCCUUCAACGGCAGAGGUUGGAUUUAAGCACACUUGUCAUCUCAAUGUCUUGUACCAACUUCGGAUACAAGGAUCAUCUUAUUUUGAAACACAC